CCCGCGAAAAGCCCACCUGCCGGGCGCGAUCGGCCGGCGCGGAAAGGGGGGGCUCGUCGCCGUCCUCCUCCGGCGGCGUCCGGCCUCGGGCGCCCCCGCCCCACCGGCUCGGGAGUUCGGCGCUCGGCGCUGCCGCCGGCGCCCGGAGCCCGGGAGUGUCCCCGCAGGACGCAGCGGCGGGCGCGGCGCGGCGGGACCUCGCUAUGGCCGCGGCGCGCGCUCUGCUGCCGCUGUGGCUGGGCUGCCUGUGCGGGAGCCUGGCGCAGGGGCUGAGACGCCAGCAGCCCUUCCCGGAGCUCCGCGACGCUGUGCCCGGCCACCGCGCGGCAGGUGGCGGCCCAGACCCCCCGCUGCAGCCGCUCGACCCGCUGUCCGAGCACAUGCUGCGGCUCUACGACAGCUACAGCGGCGGCGCCAGCGCCGAGGCGGCGCGGGCCCCCGGGCCCCCGGAGCCCGGCUCGCCGCCCUUGCGCCCCCAGCCCCGGCGCGAGGGCAACACGGUCCGCAGCUUCCGAGCCGGAGCGGCAGGAACCCUUGAAAACAAGGAACUGCAUAUUUUUAACCUGACUUCUCUAACCAAGUCUGAAAACGUUUUAUCUGCCACACUGUAUUUCUAUAUCGGAGAGCUAAUCAAUGCCACCCUGAGCUGCCCAGCCUCCCGAGGAUGCUCACACCAUGCUCAGAGGAGGCACAUUCAGAUCGAUCUCUCCGCAUGGAUCCUCCAACUGAGCAGAAACCAAAGUCAACUCCUGGGUCAUCUUUCAGUGGAUGUAGCCAAACCUCAUCGAGACAUGGCAUCCUGGCUGUCUAAAGACAUCACUCAACUUUUGAGGAAGGCCAAGGAAAACGAGGAGUUUCUCAUAGGAUUUAACAUUACUUCCAGGGGACACCAGCUGCCAAAGAAAGUGAUACCCUUUCCUGAGCCUUAUAUCUUGGUAUAUGCCAACGAUGCUGCCCUUUCUGAGCCAGAGAGUGUGGUAGCCAGCUUACAAGGACACAGGAAUUUCCCUGCUGGAGCUGUGCCCAAACUGGAUCGCCACCUUAGGGCUGCCCUUUCUACGGAAAGGCGGAGGAAGCGUUCUACUGGGCUGCUGCUGCCUCUGCAGAACAAUGAGCUUCCUGGGGCAGAGUAUCAGUACAAGGAGGAUGGGGUGUGGGAGGAACGAAAACCUUAUAAGACCCUGCAGACGCAGCCCCCUGAAAAGAGCAAGAACAAAAAGAAGCAGAGAAAGGGACCUCACCAGAAGAGCCAGACGCUCCAGUUUGAUGAACAGACCCUGAAAAAGGCAAGAAGAAGGCAGUGGAUCGAGCCUCGGAAUUGUGCCAGGCGGUACCUUAAGGUGGACUUUGCGGAUAUUGGCUGGAGCGAGUGGAUCAUCUCCCCCAAGUCCUUCGAUGCCUAUUACUGCUCCGGAGCCUGCCAGUUCCCCAUGCCAAAGUCUUUGAAGCCGUCAAAUCACGCGACCAUCCAGAGUAUAGUCAGAGCUGUGGGGGUUGUUCCUGGAAUUCCUGAGCCUUGCUGUGUGCCAGAGAAGAUGUCCUCACUCAGUAUCUUAUUCUUUGAUGAAAAUAAGAAUGUGGUCCUUAAAGUAUAUCCAAACAUGACGGUGGAGUCUUGUGCUUGCAGAUAACCUGGCAAAGAGCUCAUUUGGAAGCUUCAUUCAAUCAUUAGUUUAUUUUUAUGGACUUUUUUUUCUUGCACUGCCAAUGCAUUUCAUUUCAAAAGAUUUUUUAAUAGUCAAAAGAGAAUGAGCAAGUAGACGGACGCUUUCCGCUAAGGAGACCUGGACUGUGUUUCUGAAUGUAACUAAAGGCAAGAUUUUAGUAAAUGUGGACGUCUCCUUUUUUUAAAAAAAAAAAAAAAGAAGUGCCCAAGAAAAAUGAUGGCGCAGACUGUUUUUAGAACUGUUCAAGAACACACUGAUCUAUUUUUGUAAAAUGGGCUUUGAAAUUAGAUUGGAAAAGGAACCAGGAGCUUCUCCUUUAUCUCUGCUUCUGGAGACUAGAGUCCCUUCCUCUUUUAAAGUCGGCUUAUUGCCUUAGAUUCCUGAGCAGCUCAGCAAGUGCUUAUAAUCCAGUCAGCUUCGAUGUUUAUCUUAAAAUGUGUUGAGACUCUUGCUUCCCUGUGUUUUCCACAGGUCAUCGUGUGGCUGGUUGCGUGGCGAGUGCGUGUUGAAUGCCAGUGUGUGUGUGUGUGUGAGCGCGGGGCCAGGGGCCUGCGCCCUCCGUAGGCAGGUUUGCCUGACAUGGUUUUAUAAUUCAGUCGGCACAGGAUUCUGUCGGGGUUUUGGUGUUUGGUUUUUUUCAUUUCAUGUCCUGGCAAGCACUGUUCAAUUCUGAGAACUUCACCAAAAGGGAGAGAGUCACCCAAGAGCACGUGCCCAGAGCCCCUCCGUAGCCCCGCCGUCUGUAGUCGUAAAUAUCCACGUUUUCGUUUCACGGCUCCAGGAAAGGGCAACAGCAACCCAGGCUUCAGAAACCCAGGUUGUUUCCGCUUCGGUAUCCUUUUUCCACAAGUACUUUCAUGUGUUCUUUUAAAUUGAACUUAAAAACUCAAUACAUGUUUAUUUCUCCUCCUGUGCCUUUACUUCCUAGCAAGUAAUCAACAGAUACCAAGGCUCAGAAAUGGAUGGAACAUUGGAGAUUUCUUGAAGUGACCCAUCUAAUCACGAUCACAUGUUCAGUACCAUUGUUCAGCCACGAGCAGGUCCAGGCACUUUUCUCACAUGGAUCAAGGCUUUAGGCUCAGACAUGGAAUCUACACUUUAGCGAAGCUUUUACUAAAAAUUAUCCCCCAAGAAAGGGAGUCAAAUACAGACGCCUCUUUGUUUUCUCCCUUCCCGCGCGUCGUAAAUACCUCCUCUGACACUUUUGCUCUGGAAAAAUUGUUUCAAAGAUCUUUUCCUCACUGUGUUUAUGUGUGUGAAUGUUUUCAGCCUGUGGAUUGUCGCUGGUGCUCCAUCUGUGGUGACUCCCUGUCUCAGUUCAGUCUGACCUCAUCUGAGACAAACGAGCCAAUUCAGAGGUUGGGAAGUAUCAGAAGACACAGGGUUUUGUUCUGUCUCUGCCUAUAGCUAUCCCGGCGGCGGCUCAUAAUUUAAUCAAUACUAGUUGAGCAUCUGCUUUGGAAAAGGCACUUGUUAACUGUGUGUCUUUAGGGUUCUCAUUGGUUAAACGAAGAGGAUGAUGAGCUGAGGUAUAAGGGCCUUCUGCCGCUGAAAGUUUGAGCUUAUGACACUUGCUGUGUCCUACACAGCUUUCUGGAUUAGUCGGUAGUGAUGGAGCUAAAACUUGCAAGUGUCACUGUUCCUAAACCCAAGACAAAACCAUCCUGCGCCUGGGUGUUUGUGAGCGAGGAUGGCCUUCCACGUGGCUUAAGCAGUGUUUCUCUUUUACUGGAAACCCAUUAGUGGAGUGCCAUGAAGCGGAGUUCGUGGCCGCUUUCGGAGUGUGUCCAGACGCCACGAAGGAGACACACCUGUUCUGAAUAACGAGCGACAUCCUGCUGCCUGAGUUACUGUGGUUUCUUCCAGCGCGUUUUUGGUUCUGAUGGUAUAAAGACUCAGAAAGACAUUAGGGGUGAAAUGAUUUCUUCAUCAUUUUUAUCAAAAUUUUGAAAGCAAAAGUUUAUAAUAGAAGUGAGCCAAUGUGUGGCUGCCCAAUCCUGGUCAUAGUGCCUUUCAAAAAGAAAACUUUCAUGAGUAGAUUGGAUGAAAUUCUUACUUUUGUUUUUUCUAGAAGUGUUAUCAACCAAAACCUCUAGCAAUUCGCAGUGGUACUUCUCAGCCUGCUUCUAUCCAGAUGUCUGUCUGUUACCUUUCUUAGUUUAAGUUGAUGCCCACUUGAGAGGAUUUAAGAUUAAAUCCUUACAAUGGCCAAAAAAAAAAAAAAAAUCUCUAAAUAAUAAAAA